ACCUUGAGACAAGAGGAUGCUCCUCUCUCAAACCCGCUGCCAUCUCAGUGGCGGAAAUGUUGGAGUUGGGGUGGGUCGACUUUGAGGUGACAUUGACGCUAUGUAGAUGAGAGUGAGAACCCUGCGCUCCAUGUUACGUCCCUGCUCUCUUCAACUCAAACGGCGGCAGCUCCUUUCCCCGUCUUCUCUCCCUGCCUCUCUUUCAGCACCACUCCUUUAAGGACAGCACCUCGCUCUCAAACACGCACUUAUCCACCAUCCUCUCCCUCCUUCAGGAUCAAAUGUCUGCUCCUUGACGACGGAUGCAAAGUUUCCACCUUGGUUUCGCCGAGCACAAGUAAAAGGAAGUAACUUUUUUGGUGGGAACAUUGGAUAUUUCCCCGGUGGGAAACAACCGCACAAACAAGCUGUAAUUUCACUGGUCUCUGCCUCGCCGCCGUACCUCAUCGCUCUCAGACCCUCAGUCAUCCCUUUUCUCACGGCUUUUCUCUGGGGACUACUAUAGUGCAGGACGGAUACGCCGCGCUCUGUCUGGACUGGUGCUGAAACCACCACCUCUACGUUGGUCAGGACCUUCCAACACAGACCGUCAUUAUGGCCACAAACGGGACCAAAGCCUCGGACGGACACGUCUUAACCGAGACCGUGAACGACGCGCCCAGCACCACGCCAAAUGACAAACCCAAAACACUGGUGGUGAAGGUGCAGAAGACGAAAAAGGACAUACCCGAGAGAGAAACGUGGGUUGGGAAAUUUGACUUUCUCCUCUCUUGUGUCGGAUACGCAAUCGGACUGGGAAAUGUGUGGAGAUUUCCUUACUUGUGUGGGAAAAACGGCGGAGGGGCCUUCUUGAUUCCCUACUUUUUGACGCUGGUAUUUGCUGGCAUGCCCCUGUUCUUUCUGGAGACGGCUCUCGGUCAAUACACUUCUAUUGGAGGUCUGGGAGUGUGGAAGCUGGCCCCAAUGUUCAAAGGUGUGGGUCUGGCUGCUGCUGUUCUAUCUUUUUGGCUCAAUAUCUAUUACAUUGUAAUCAUUGCUUGGGCUAUUUAUUAUCUGUACAACUCCUUCACCACUGACCUGCCAUGGAAGACAUGUGGCAAUGCCUGGAACACAGAUCGCUGCUACACUAACUACAGUAUCGCGGACACGACAAACCUCACCAGUGCUGUGGUGGAGUUCUGGGAACGCAACAUGCACCAGCUGACGGACGGUUUGGAAAAACCUGGGGAGGUCAGGAUUCCACUGGCCAUCACUCUCGCCAUUGCAUGGGUGCUCGUCUAUUUCUGUAUCUGGAAGGGGGUCAGCUGGACAGGCAAAGUUGUCUACUUCUCGGCAACAUACCCUUACUUUAUGCUGUUCAUCCUGUUUUGCCGUGGCGUCACUCUGCCUGGAGCUAUUGACGGGAUUCUCUUCUACAUCACACCAGACUUCCAGAAACUCAAAGAGUCUGAGGUAUGGCUCGAUGCUGCCACGCAGAUCUUCUUUUCCUACGGUCUGGGAUUAGGUUCUCUGAUUGCGCUUGGCAGCUACAAUCCCUUCAAUAAUAAUGUCUACAGAGAUUCUAUCAUUGUCUGCUGCAUCAACUCCUUCACCAGUAUGUUCGCCGGCUUUGUCAUCUUUUCCAUUGUGGGAUUCAUGGCUAAUGUAACAAAGAGGCCAAUUGCUGAUGUGGCGGCCUCAGGACCUGGCCUGGCAUUUUUGGCAUAUCCUGAAGCCGUCACCCAGCUGCCUAUCUCUCCUCUCUGGGCCAUAUUGUUUUUCUCCAUGCUGCUGAUGCUGGGAAUCGACAGCCAGUUCUGCACUGUGGAAGGUUUCAUCACUGCACUGGUUGAUGAGUUUCCUCACAUCCUCCGAAAGCGUAGAGAAAUCUUCAUCGCUGUCGUCUGCCUUGUUUCUUAUAUUAUUGGCCUGUCCAACAUCACACAGGGUGGACUGUAUGUGUUCAAGCUCUUUGACUACUACUCAGCGAGUGGAAUGUCCCUGCUUUUCCUGGUCUUCUUUGAGUGUAUCUCAAUUUCAUGGUUCUAUGGUGUGAAUAAAUUCUUUGACAACAUUGAGGAAAUGGUUGGCUACAGGCCCUGUCUGUGGUGGAAGGCCUGCUGGGUUGUUUUCACUCCUCUCAUUGUGGCUGGAGUGUUCUUGUUCAGUGCAGUGCAGAUGGUUCCCCUUACUAUGGGAGAUUAUGUGUUCCCUAGCUGGGGCCAGGGAGUUGGUUGGUUGAUGGCCCUAUCAUCCAUGAUUCUCAUCCCAGGCUACAUGGGCUACAUGUUCCUGACACUCAAAGGCACCUACAAAGAGCGCCUGCGCAUGAUGAUCAAACCUCUGGUUCUGGUGAAGACUCAGGAAAAUGGUCCAGAUCAGCAGGCAGAAAGCCAGAAUCAAAACCCUGCCAAUGAGGAAGCCUACAUCUAAAAAGAAAUAACUAAGCUCUGUCUGCCUCUCUGUUUGAACGGCCAGACCGGCGCUGCACCGUAAUCAAGGUUGGGAACAACCACUAGACUUCUACGUCUGCUUUUAUUCACCUACCUCCUGGGGACAUGUGAAACCAACCUGAUUACACAGUUAUUUUAAAGGGGGUUGUUCUGUUUCUUUAUUUUUAUAAUACAGAGAUAUAAAACUUAUGAAGAAGAAGAAAAAAAACCCAGCAAAGUUGUUGUGAUAUUUUGAAUUUCAUUAUGCAAAAGUUUAGCCUUCGUAGAAAAAGAAAAUGUGACUUAGAGAACUACUGUAUAUUGAAGAUAUAUAAUUUAAAUCUGAAGGCCCUCACUGAUUCAAUAAUAUCACUAUGAAAAUUAACAUAAUCAACUACUCUCAAAAUACUGUACAAAGAAAAUUGUGAGUAAAAUCUAUUUUAUUUAAAUGAAUGCAGUGUAGCUGUUAAAUAAAAAGCUAAAGUUUUAUGGAUUAAAAGUUUAAUAUAGAUCAAUUUCAAGCAAAGACAAUAUGGGAAUGUGCAACAGGUAAGGCCAAAUCUGUUUGUAUGUGUAAAUUAUAUCUUAGCCAGACUAUCACUCCCUUGCAGAAUCCUGCACCUCUUUGGAAAUGUUUACUACUCUUGUUGGGGGCUACAUUAGAAAAGCACAAGUACCUUGUGGUAUUUUGAAUACUUCUUUUUGGCAUGACUGAAACCUGUGACAACAGCAAAAAUAACUUAUAUAGGAUACUUAGCAAGACUGUUAUGACUGUUUUAUUUGUUUUCUAAAGAACAUAUAAUUUGUAUGUUGUCUGAAUCUCCGUUUAGGGUCAUUUUUUAGAUUAUUUUCUAUAUGUGAACGUGAGAAGGACCAAAUUGCUUGCUAUAGUUUGAACAAUUUGUGUAGGUGUUUUACCUGCAGACUAAAUAUGGAUUCAAUAAUGCACCCUUUUGAUGCAGAAAAGCAAUAGUUAGGAAAAAUAAAACAGCAUCAGUGUACAAGCACAAGGUUAUUCUAUGGACUAAAGCCUCUAAUAUGAAAGGCAUAGCCAUUCUAUAGUCAUCUAUGGUAUAGCCAAUCCCUCUUUAGUUCCAUUUUGAGAGCAGUUGUUUGAAAAAUGCAUAUUUUUAAGUAACUGAGGGAUGGUUAAGUGAGGAUAAAGUACUGAGUGAAGCAGUUGCUGCAUGCUGCCUUGACAGGCACCCAGCGUUGGUGGUAGAAAAAUGGAUUUUUGUGACAGCUACCGAUGUUCUGCCUGUUCUUGUUUACUUGUAUAUCUGUCUAGUAACCCACUCCUCAGGAACAAAUGUAGAUAUGACCAAACUGUUUUAGGCACCAACUUGAUUCACUGAAACAAUUAUUACUCCAUCUAGAAAAAUGUAGUCAUCUAAACCCUAAACAUUUUUCUGUCCAAAAAUUCAUGAAGAUGCAAAUCGUAUAAAGUCUUUGUGAUAAGAUGCUAUGGGCUAAAAUUUAAAACCUGAUCUCAAUUUUGUGCUUUCUUAUUCUUAUCAUCUGUAAUAGACAUGAUAUGACAAGUUUGGGUGAAAAUAGCAUGACAUUACUGUACACAAAUAAACAAAUGUACACAAAUAUUUGAAACAAAAACAGUAUCACAUGAUCUAAUUACUUUCUUAAAUAGAAAAGUAAUAACUAUUUCUGCAGCCACCAAACUAAUGUAAGAUAUUGAUUACAUUUUAAAUAUAAUAUCAGUGAUUCCCUAUUAUAACACGAACCACUUCAUAAAUAUCAUCUUGACAGAUUUUCUAUAACAGUACUGCUGCAGGACAUGGGCAUUUUAACUCUGUUGUGUGAUAUCUUCAAAACUCACAUUAACAAGCAAAAAAAUAAUUAUCCAUUAUUAUCUAUUGGUACCGCUCGAUUGGUUUAAGGACAGGGUUUAAAUGUUUCAUUUUCAUUCAGAAAAUUUCUCAGCACUCUUGUACGGCUGACAAGCAAAUAACAUUAAAUGACCAGAAAUUAGUUGUGGUAAAAAAAAUUAAAAAAAAAAUCUCUUCCAAAAAGAGAUUCUACAGGUUGUAAUAGAGAAAUACAAAACAAUCUUAUUAGUCUUUAUUGCUAGCAGAAGUUAUCCUAGUUAAUGAGAGUAUCAAUGAGCAAAUCCCAUAAUCCCAUAGUGUUUUGAAUUUAUGCCUGAGCUAUUGUUAAACUGGGAUUGAUGUCAAUCCCAAUCCAAGUUUAUAUUUCGGACAUGUAAUGAAUGCACCAUAAGCAUCCAAUUCGUGGGUGUUUUACCAGACAAAUGCUAUAAGUAGCCCAAAGGUAAAAGACGGUACAAGUACAAAGUUUCCUCAAGACUAUGUUCUGUUCAGCCAGCAAUAUUUCCAAACAAUUGGAUUUGUCUUUAGGAAAAAGUGUUGUAGCUUUCUUUCAGGUAACUGUCAAGCACUUUCAUUGUGGCACUUUCUCAAGCAUCUCAUUAAAAUGACUCUUAAACCAGUUGGAAGACAAUGAGAGAAAAGUAAUGCGAACGUUGAUGUAUCUUGAUGCCAGUAACCUAUGCCUAUUAUGUAAUGGUCCUUCUGGACUAAGGUGUAUAUAUAUGAUUCAUUAAUUGUCAGAGUGAGGAGCUUUUUAUCAAUCAGAGGACUUUAUACUGUUAGCAUAAAAACAUACAAGCACAUGCCACACAGGCCAACAACACAAACUAUAAAGCAAAGAGAAAUGUUGCAUAUCUAAUGAUACUUGAUUUUGUGAAGGAUUCCAGUAUAAAAGCAAACAUGGAUUUUAACGUUAUCACAAACUGCUAACUAGGUGACAAAGAAGGAUCAAGACAAUAUGCUAAUAUGGCAGCUACAUACAGCAGGCUACCAGGCUGAAUCAUUCCCGUUCUUUAAAACUGUACUGGCUUAUUUUGUUUUUAAGAUAUAUGAAUCAAAAUGUGCAAUGAUGCAAGGGUUCCAUGAAUUUUGUAUAAAGUUACCACACCGCAGUUUCUCUCUUGAAUGAUGUUGUAAACUGGAUUGUGUAAUACAUGUAUCUGUAAAUGUCCGUAUACGCUGAGUUUUUCUUUAUUCUGUCUAAAUGUUGAAUGAAAAAAAUGUGACACUUUUUGCUGUUUUCUGCAAUAAUACUGUCUCAAAAAAUUAAGGCACAUAUCUCUCUCCACUGUAAAAAUGAUGACAAUAACAGAAUAGAGUACUAAUAAAGAGAUAAUAAUAAUAAUAAAAAUGUUAUAGAAAUGUCUAGUCAGGGAAUAUUGUUUUGUAUAUUUUUAGCUGUUAUAUGGGCCUAAUGUAAAAUAUUAUAUGUAAAAAUAUAAUAAAUGUGUUUAGAUGGUGUUCUAUGAAAAAGCAUGAUUGCUAUAUAUGUUCUCUGCAAAAUUAAAUAAAGAUCUAUAGAUUAUAAAGUC